AUGGCAUUGAUCCUCUUCCUUGUUCUUUCUGCCUUCCUCCAAGGAGCUCUUGGUGAGAUUAUAUGCGAGGAAUUGGGAGUUGGAAUGUGCUCAUUCUCUGUGGCUUCUUCUGGGAAGCGUUGUCUACUAGAGACUUAUGAGGCAAAUGAUGGAAGUAUGGGCUUACAAUGUAAGACAUCAGAGGUGGUUGCAGAGAACAAACGUGAAUGGAUUGAGAGUGAUGAAUGCAUCAACGCAUGUGGGGCUGAGAGGAAAUCUGUUGGAAUCUCAUCGGAUUCACUACUUGACCCUAAAUUUACCUCCAAGCUUUGCUCUCGACCAUGUUAUCAAAACUGCCCCAACAUUGUUGAUCUUUACUACAGUUUGGCUUUGGGAGAAGGUGAUAUAUAUUUUUUUUAUCACAUGCACACACAUAGAUGUGUUAAUCGAGUCGAGGUGUUUGAUUAUGCUUAA